UUGGCUUCACUACCACYRACAUUUUCUCUUUGWGAAUUUCUAUCAAUAUUUAAUGCAGUGGUGUCAGUUUUGCUGUAAGAUGAGAGGAACCACUAGAAACCYUGAAUUAUGCAUCGUGCGGUGGGGGAAGCUGGAAGUGUUUUCUUUUGGACCCAAAGCUGUUGGAGCUGAUCUCCAGGACCUGCAGCUUGAAAYCCAAAUGAUGGAUGAUGAGCCCCAGAAGAAACUCAGCCAGUGGCACGACGGCCGGCCCCGCAAGGUGAGGUUCAAAAUAUCCUCAUCUUACAGUGGGCGAGUGUUAAAACAAGUGUAUGAAGAUGGGCAGGAGCUGGAGCCCCCGGCCAAGGAGCACUCGCGGCGCUCSGUGCGCCACAGCUUCGAGCCCGAGGAUCCUCUGUGCGGGCCCGGGGAGCUGGCUGCCAGCAGCUUCUGCUGGCCCACGCUGCUGACUGCCCAGAGGAUCAGCAUCGUGCGAGAGGAUCACACCCACGGGCUYGCAGGGAGCCUGCCCCUGCUCAGCGACUGCCAGCCUGGCAGCAGCCACUGCAGGACUUCUCCAGUUGUAGAUUUUGGCAAGAUCAUCAUCUACACCAAUAACCUGAAAAUCAUCCGUGCACCRAUGGAUCAGAAAGAGCUCAUGAGAAGAAUGAUCCAGACUGAGGGAAUAAAUGACUGGACAUUCAUGUACCGGGAGAGGAAAGAAAGAUUUGGUGGUGGACAUAUAAAAGAUGUGGAGAAUGACAUCACUUGCAACCAGUAUGUGGAGCUUCAGGAGGACGAUGCAGAUCACGGCUGUUCCCAGUGCAAAGGCUCGGGCUGUGCUCCCUGCUCGCUGUGCCAUGGAAGCAAGUUCUCCAUGCUGGCAGACAGAUUCAGGGAGUCCUACCGAGCCCUGCGGUGCCCGGCGUGCAACGAGAGCGGGCUGCAGCCCUGCCCCAUCUGUGACGCGUGACCCUGCUGCCAGCACCACUGCGGGGCUUUGGGGACACCAAAAUYACUGAACCUUGCAGCAGCCUCGCCACCUGACAGGCUUUAAGGAUGGGAAAUGCACAUUAUCCCUUUCUCACCGUGAGUGUGACACUGCACUUCUGCUCCCAACCCUCCUUUCAGCCUGGCCUGUGCCUGUCCUGCCUUGGCAUCGGGGGGAAUG